AGACUUUUUUUAUAUUUUAGACAAAGAUGGAAUAUGUUAUUGUUGAUAAGGAGUAUGGAAAGGCUGGGGUCAAACUUCUUUUUGCAAGCAAGGUUGGAAAGAAGCAUUCCAUCAAAGAACUUGAAGUAGAGACCUCAUUAACUCUGGCAUCUGAGAAAGAUUACAAGUAUGGCGACAAUUCUGAUAUUAUCGCCACCGACAGCCAGAAGAAUACUGUCUAUGUGCUAGCAAAACAGUUUGGUGUUGAGAGUUUGGAAAAGUUUGGGAUCAUCCUGGCAAAUCACUUCAUUACAAAGUAUCCCUGGGUAUUGAGGGCUAGGGUAGCUCUAUCUCAGACUCCUUGGAAACGGAUCCAGGAUCCGGAGGGAGUCGAACAUAACCAUGCAUUUUUCAAUUCUCCCUCUUCAACCAGGAUCGCAGAAGUUAUCAUGGAUCGAACUAGAGUUCCUAAAGUUAGAUCUGGAAUCAGAGGGCUAACAGUCAUUAAAACAACUCAAUCAGCCUUUGUCAACUUUGUUAGUGAUGAAUACCGAACUCUCCCUGACGCUGAGGAUAGAAUAUUCUCCACAAUAGUAACAGCAGAUUGGAGCUAUGCAAACAUAAGCAACUGUUUUGGAUAUUCAUGGAUCUCAUUGUACUGCACUGUUGAAUCCACCAUAAUUGAUGUAUUCGCUGGUCCAGCAUACAAUGGAGUGUACUCACCAUCAGUUCAAAAUACACAGUACGAGGCUCAGAAGUCUAUCAUGAAGAAAAUUCCUCAGAUUUCUAGUGUGAAGAUCAGUAUGCCCAAUAGACAUUACUUCCCGGUGGACUUUACCAGGUUUAAUAUCCCAGAGGUUCAGGGAGAGGGAGCAGGACAGGUGUUAAUGCCAGUUGAUAAGCCUAGUGGAAUGAUAACAUCUAACCUGGCUAGGUCCGCACUCACGUCUAAACUUUAAACAGAAAAUUACGAGAAAAACAAAAUAUCAGAAAUUCAACAUUUUUUGUUUUUCCCAGUAAACUCUUCAAUAGGAGAAGUUAUGGCUGAAAACAUGUAAUGAAUUCAAACUAACAUGAAAUUUACUUAAACUUUAAUAUAUUGGAAUUAUUAAUUUCAUUAUAAUUUUUCAGUUAGCGUAUAAAAGAAAAAUUGAAAAUAUUGUAAAUGUCCAUGCAUAAAUGUUACAGUUUAAAAUGUAUUUAAAACUUUUAUUUUCUUAUCGCCUAACUUUUGUACUUCAAUGAUGAAGUAUUUUCAUAUAAUUAAUAAUAACCAUUAUUAUGGGAGACAUAUUUUUAAAAUAUAUAUCUUAAACUAU